AUGGAAGUAGAGUUCCCAACCAAUAGUAAUGACUGUGAUCUGUUCAAUACGGACUGCAAAGAUCAGGGGAGCCUCGGCAAUCCUGAGGCUGAAGAAGGUAACAUUAGAUUUGAUUUGAGUGACAUUCACGGGCGAUAUGAAAGCUUUCAAAGAGCCAUUAAGAGCGGGGAUAACAUGGUUCAGGGCAUAGAGCUAAGUAAUCCGACAUUUCAGGAGCUACUUUCUUGGAGUGACCGUGGUAAUUUAUCUAUUUCCUCUCCAUCGUCAAAUUCACCUGGAAACUCUAAUGACAAUGGCUCGGAUCGUAAAAGUCACAGGGCUGGCUCGAACGCCACUGGCAUGGUACACAACGACCUGCAAGAAGAAGAUUCGUUGUCUGAAAAGGAGGUUUUAGCACGGAAAAAGGCUCAGAACAGAGCAGCCCAGAAGGCGUUCAGGGAACGCAAAGAAGCGAAGUUAAAGGAAUUAGAGUCAAAGCUUAUGACGAGUGAACGAGACAAGGAGGCACUUCGUAAGGAGAUUGACGAUUUAAAACAACAGAACAUGGAAAUAACUACAGAAAACCGUCUUCUGUUGCGCAGGAAUAACUCAGGCUCAUCAAUUGGUUUACAAAAAGACACACCCAAAGCUCCAAAAUUUCAUUUCCCUAGUCAAAGUGAAUUCUUAGAAUCUGCUGUCGAAAGCCAUGUAGCUCCUUUGGAGCUACCGCUAAAGAGCGUCAGUUACGAACACGCUGGUCAAAGGUUACUUACUUUGCCUGCCACCUGGGAGUACCUCCACGACCUUUCUCAAGACGAAGAGUUUGACGUGUAUUAUGUGAUGCAGAACCUUAAGGGCCUCGAGGUUUGCCAUGGCCUUGGGCCAGCGUACCGGAAAAGUGUGGUUGAUGACUUGGUGCGACAGUGCAAGUAA